AUGCACCCACCCGAUCUAUUCCCUACGGCAGAAGAGGGAAACGACGAUCUGGAAACAUACCUAUUCCUCCUUCUCUCAGACUCCAACCUCCCCACUGGAGGCUUCGUAGCUUCUUCCGGUCUAGAAUCCUUUUUCGCCCAUGGCUUACUUCAUAAUUCCCGCUUCAACCUCCCCCCUCCCACUUUCUCCUCUUCCUCCAAACCUGCAUCAGGAAGAGUGAUCGCACCAUCACAAGCCCAACUCUCAUCAGCAACCCUCUCCUUCGCCAAAUCAACCCUGCAUUCUUAUGCUCGAUCCAGCUUUCCUUUUGUCGCUCGAGUACACUAUGCUGUGAUCCGUUACCUAAACGAAGCGAAGGGGGAGGAAUUGGAAGCGUGCUUAUCCACAAUCUCUCGGCUAGACUAUUCCUAUCAUACCCUCUUGCUCAAUCAUGUUGCCAGACGAGCAAGCAAAGCGCAAGGCAUAGCCUUAUUGACGUUGUACAGUAAAGCUUUUGCUCGACCUAUCAACCUGUCUUCUGAACCUUUUGACGGUUCUCCUCUUGCCUAUCGCUCCUCUGCCUCCUGCUCAACUACGGAAGAGCUGAAAAGGAUAGAGCUGGCAGCUGCCCUAGUGGAUAAACUCAAACAGCACAUUCGACAAUCUACCAGCUCCUCUGACAGGGAAGGAGAAGGACGGGUAGAGAAGGGUUGUCAACACGGACAUCUACCCAUCUGUUGGGCCGUAUUUAGCGCCUGUUUAGGUCUCUCGCUGGAGAAGGCAGUGUAUUUGCAUCUGUUUCUGCAAGCAAGGAGUCUGUUCAGUAGUAGUGUGAGAUUGGGUACGUUAGGUCCGUAUAUGGCUCAUCAAGUUAUGCGGUUUCACUUACGAGCGGUGGUGGAGGAUCUACUUGGGGAGAUUCAGAGCGAGGGGCUGCUCACAAUACCCAACUCUUCCCAUAGAGCAAAAGGAAAGCAGAAGGCGGAAGAAGUGGAAGGAUACACAAUCGACCCAUACCCAACAGCGCCUUCCCUUAAGAAAGAAGAAAAGGUCAAAGCGUUCCGUACAACAGCUACAAUGUGCUCGAACGCAAAUGUUAAGGGGAAGGGGAAGGUGGAGGAAUUGAGAACAGGCAAAGGACAACUAAUACCAGUCGAUGAUAACGAAGAUACCGAUCAAGGUUGGGCUUGGGAUUGGCCGGAAGAUCCCGACCCACUCCACCAACCUAACAGUGACGGAGAAGAGGGCAGGGAUAGUGAAAUAGGGUUCUGGACAAGUGAUGCUGCUCCGGCAACUACCUUUCCUUUGGGUGAGAUAGUUCAGGCUCGACAUGAUUGUCUACAUUCCCGUCUGUUUAAUAGUUGA